AUGGGAUAUACACUUUGCGUGCUAGGAUGCGGGACCAUGGGCAUCGCCGUUCUUUCCGGAGUUAUCGCCAGUCUUGACUCUGCUAAAGGUGUCUCACAAGCCAACGGUGUCAAGCCGCAAAAAUGGGAGAUACACACCCCAGGAACUGUGACCCCAACCGCAGAAACGCCCGACCCCACCAUUCCCAAAAAGUUCAUCGCCUGCGUAAACCGAGAAUCUUCAGCGAAGAAGUUGGCGGAGACCUUUUCUGCGCUGGGACCGCGCGGGCAAAGUGUGGAGGUUGUAGCGAAGCAGAAUUUGGAGUCGGUGCAGAGGUCGGAUGUUGUUCUCCUGGGUUGCAAACCUCAGGUCGCCCAGGUUAUUCUUGGUGAACCUGGCAUGAAGGAAGCGCUCGACGGGAAACUGCUCAUUAGUAUCCUCGCUGGUGUUACCAUGAGCCAACUAGAGGCUAUGGUAUUGCCCACGACGAGGAUUCGAGAGGGAAUGACGGUAGUUUCCAACCUCCCGCCAAGCCCACACUCCGACAAUGACACGGAAAUCAUCCUCAAAAUCUUCUCCUCAAUCGGACGGUGUCGUUUCCUCGAGGAGAAGCAUUUCGACGCUUGCACGGCUCUGGGUGGGUCUGGUCCGGCAUUUGCAUGCUUAUUUUUGGAAGCUAUGGCGGAUGGAGGUGUUAUGAUGGGGUUGCCGAGGGCUGAGGCUCUGGAGCUGGCAGCGCAGACUUUGCAAGGAGCGGCUAGGAUGGUUCUGGGGGGUAGUAUGCAUCCUGCUCAGAUUAAGGAUUCCGUUACCACUCCUGGAGGUUGCACGAUUGCGGGCUUGCUGGCCCUGGAGGACGGGAAAGUCCGCUCCACCAUUGCGCGUGGAAUCCAGGCUGCGACCGAACGAGCGAGCGAGUUGGGCCAACCAGCCAACAAGUAG